AUGUCACAGCGUCGUUCUUCUCCACGCCUGGCUUCGUCAGCAUCGUCUGCGCCAGAUGCCUCUGCGUCGUCGUCAUCAGCGACGUCGUCUUCCGCCUACGCAGCGCUCACCCCAACUGUGGGUCCCUCAUCUUCGUCGUCAGCGCCAUCAGCUCCUGUCGACGCCGGUGUUCAAUCUCUUGCUCGCUCGGCUCUCACCCGCAUCACGGAUCAUGAUCCUGCCGCGAUCGUCUCCUGGUUCCAGACCUUCCGUACCUGCACUCAACUUCUUCGUCUUCCCUCUGGCCCUGACCAGAUCCGCCUCGCGACCCUGUACUUUGACGGAGCUCUGCAACAGUGGGCACGCCAUUACAUUGAGGCAAACCCAGAUGCGUCUUUUGAUGAGUUCGAAACGGCAGCAACAACGCACUUUGCAGACCCAAGCAAGCAGUGGCGAGCAUUCCAAGACAUCGUCACUCACCGUCAACGUGGAGCUGUCACAGGCUACAUCGCGUCUUUCCGCCGUUCACUCAUCGAUGCUUCUCCAGCAAAGCUCGUCGACCUGCAGAUCGCCGCUUUCGUCGCCGGUCUUAGGAACGACGACACUCGCCGACAUCUGAACAUCAAGCGCCCAAGCACCCUGGAGGAAGCGUACAGCAUCGCAACGGACUUUGAGCAGACUGUGUCGCACAACGAUAUACACCGCCGCAGCAACAACAACAACAACAACAACAACACUGCACAACGUUAUCGCUCGUCAUCCAAGCACAACCGUCACACGCAGGCACAUCAGCGCAAUGGACCAUCACGCUCCUACAACCGCAACAGCAACAACAACGACUCACGUCAUGGACGAAAGCAGUGCACCCGAUGCAACAGGCAAGGGCACGUCGCCAGUGACUGUUUUGCCAAGAAGACUGCCGACGGACGUCCUCUUGUUGGCCGCGCAGACAUCCAGCGCCAAUCACAACUCAACGUCAAACCUGUCUUCACUGUUCCAGCAUUCAUCGAAGACAAAGCUGUGAAGAUCCUCAUUGAUACAGGCGCAGAACACUCAUUCGUCUCGUCACGUCUUGACGUCUCCACGAAAGAACGCAGCAAGGCCAUCACCUUCACCUUCGCCAAUGGCACGUCCGAAACAACACACCGUUGGACCAAGCUCACCCUCGACCUCGGCGCAACAGGCUCAUACCUGGUUGAUCUUCCCGUGUCCAAGUGCCCACCAGGCAUCGAUGUCAUCCUUGGUAUGGACUGGAUCACCGAUGUCAAGCCCACGUUCAAGUUCCUCAACGACCGACUCACGCUUGGCCCCCCAGAGCACACAGAUGCCUCACCUGCACCAACAGCAGUCACACAGUCACAGCACCAGCACCAGCAGCAACAGCAUCAGCAGCAGCAGCAGCAGCAGAAGCAGCAACAGCAUCAACAGCAAGCACGCAUUGUCACAUCGACAGCAGUGAAACGCGAUAACAGCACUGAUGUCUCUGGUUCCGCAUCAGCUUUCAAUGAUUGCGCACCAAUUUCAGAAAUCAAAGUCGUCAACUCGGCAAAGAUUGACACUUACUUGGCGCAAAACGGAUCCGAAGUCUUCAUUGGUGCGAUCGGGUCGCUGGUUCGCGACGUAAGUGCCGAGCAGAAGGACCAAAUCCCAGCCCAGGUUCGCAACCUGCUACAAGAAUUCGAUGACGUCUUUCCCGAGGAGCUUCCGAAUCGCCUUCCGCCAAGCCGACCAGAGGACGUCGACAUCGUCCUCAAACCAAACGCGACUCCACCACCGUUUGUCCGGUACCGCCUGAAUGCUGAAGAGCGCGCAGCCCUCAAGAGCACCAUCGCCGACCUUCUCAACAGUGGACGCAUCCAGCCAUCCAAGUCAGCGUUCGCCGCACCCGUCAUCUUCGUGCGGAAAGCCGACAAGCUGAACUCCUCAACAAUCGGAGACCAGUAUCCACUGCCAGACAUCGAGGCCAUCCUCAACCGAGUUGCUGGCAACAAGUACUUCACCAAGUUGGACCUCCACUCAGGAUACCACCAGCUUCGCCUCAAGCCAGAAGCUGCUCACCGCACGGCCUUCGCGUGCGACGCCGGCCACUUCGAGUUUCGCGUCCUGCCAUUUGGACUCAAGAACGGCCCUGCCACCUUUCAACGUCUGAUGGACCGCGUCAUCAGGGACAUCCCCAACACUGCAGUCUACUUGGACGAUCUCAUUGUCUUCACGCGCACCCUGGACGAUCACGUGUGCACGCUGAGGAAACUCUUCUCGGCACUCCGCCGUGAGAAACUCGCUUGCAAGCCACGCAAGUGCGUGUUUGCAAAGCCCAGCCUUCCCUUCCUUGGACAUGUCGUCUCUGCCGAUGGCAUCAGCCCAGACCCAAACAAGACCAAGGACAUCAUCUCCACUCCCAAGCCAACAUCCAUGAAGUCUCUCCGCGCAUUCCUGGGCCUUGCAGGAUACUAUCGCAAGUUCAUCCACGACUUUUCAACAAGAGCUGCACCACUCUACGCCAUCAAGGAGAUAACCGACUGGACUGCCACAGCAGCAGCCGCAUUCAACGACCUCAAGACCGCACUCACCAGCCCAACAGUGCUUGCAGCGCCAGAUCAACAGCAGCGAUUCGUCAUACGAGCAGAUGCCAGCGACGUUGGCAUAGGCGCCGUCUUGGAGCAGAAUCAACGCCCUGUCGCUUUCAUGUCGCGUGCUCUCACCGCUGCUGAACGCAACUACCCAGUGCGCCAAAAGGAGCUUCUUGCUCUUCUGGUCGCACUGCGAAAAUGGCGUCACCUGUUCGGGUUCCAGCCUGUACGCAUCCACACCGAUCAUCGCUCGUUGCUUCACCUCGCAACACAGGACAAGGUUUCUGAGCGUCGCAUCCAUCGUUGGCUUGACGAGCUUGCCGAGUACUCUCUCGAGUGGGAGUACACGCCUGGCCCUAACAAUGUCAUUGCUGACUCACUUAGUCGCAUGGUCAACACUUCCCUCACCACGAUUCAUCCAACGCCCCUGGACACCGAUUACGGUCACGACAAGGCGUACCGCAAGAUCCUCAAGCGAGUGCGUCCGCCCUUCACUUGGAAAGGACCCGUUCUGUUCUUCAAACAACGCAGAUGUAUCACUGCCACCGACAAGCUGUUUCUCCUUCGCCUCGCCCACGACGCCCACGCCCACAGCGGAGUGGCUGCAGUCGUUGGUCGUCUCACACAGGACUACUACUGGCCACGCAUGUAUUCUGACAUUCGCCAAUACGUCACGUCUUGCCACACGUGCCUGGAGGCCAAGUCAGGUGCACCACCCAAGGCAGCCCUACAUCCCCUUGCGCCGCCUGACGGUCCCUGGAGCAGCGUCAGCAUGGACUUCAUCACUGGUCUUCCCAAGUCCACCGACGGUUUCGAUGCAGCGUUUGUGUUCGUCGAUCGUUUCAGCAAGAUGACGCACAUCGCUCCCUGCCACACGACUACUGAUGCUACUGAUGCAGCGCGCAUCCUGUUGUCAACAGUUGUCCGCCUGCACGGUGUGCCCUCGCAACUCGUCAGUGACCGCGAUCCGCGCUUUACGUCCAGGAUGUUCAAGGAGCUCAUGGCCAUCCUUGGUGUUCGCUUGUCCAUGUCGACUGCAGGACACGCAGCCACCGACGGCCAAACCGAACGCAUGAACCAAGUUAUUGGCAACCUGCUUCGAUGCAUGUGCGCUGACCACCCAGAGACCUGGACACAAGCUCUCAACAUCAUUGAGUUCACCAUCAACUCCAACGUGCAUGGUGUCACCAAAACCACACCGUUCUCCAUCGUCUACGGACGAACCCCACAACUUCACUUCACAGAUGCAACGGCCACCACUGCGUCCGCCGAAGAAAUCAAGGCACAGCUGCAACUUCUUCUCAAACAGACCAAAGACAACCUGUGGCACAACACGGUUGUCAUGGCUAAUGAUGGACCGCAACACGAACACAACUUCAAACCCGGCGACAACGUCUACAUCUCCACGUAUCUCCUUCGCGACGACGCGACCAGACAGCAGCACGGAAAGCUCCGCCGCAAGUAUCUCGGACCCUUCACCGUCGAUCAAGUUCUCGGACCAACCCAUCUCAAGAUCAACCUCCCAGCACGUUCCCGCAUUCACCCAGUCAUCAACACGAAGUUCGUACGCCACGUCAAAGGACAAGUCCGCGGCGUGGACCGCCCGCCCGCGCUUGACACGGACAUCUUCGCCAUGGAAGCCAUUCUUGGACACAAGAUGACGCCCAACGGUCCGUUGUUCUUGACCAAGUGGCUUGGAUACCCGUCCCAUGACAGCACCUGGGAGCCUGCCAAGAACUUCAUUGGCAAGGACGCCAAGCGCCUCCUGCGUCAAUAUAGAAAGAAGGGGAGAGUGUAG